UUGUCCGCUAUGGAGACCGAUAACAAAGAGUCAAUUAUCGAUUACCAGUAUAAGGCACUAAAAGAUGGCAAAUCGAUCCGACUUCUGUACUUGCAUACAUCUAGUUCAUAUCACCAGCUGCCUAUCGAAGUCUCCCUUUGCGAAUUCCCUAUCGAUGCCUGUCCAAGCUUUGGCGCACUGUCUUAUGCAUGGUCAAUCGACGAUGACCCUGCUCCAUCAGAUCGAGAGUUGCUCUGCGACGGGGCGUCCAUUAAGAUAACCAAAAACUGUGAGGCCGCACUGAAGAGAUUACGGCGGCCAAAGCAAGACCAAAUACUUUGGGUUGAUGCGGUUUGUAUCAACCAAGCCGAUCUUGAAGAACGGAGUCUCCAAGUUCGCUUGAUGCGUCAGAUCUAUACCCAGGCGUCUUGGGUCGCUCUGUGGGUUGGCGACGCGUCUACAGCCGUUGACGAGGAGUCUGGCUUGCCGCUUUCGGAUCUGGGGAUGGACUUUAUCCACGACUUUGCAGUCGAGAUUGCGGAACGAACGAAUUCAGGGCAGGCUCUAAAUGAAGGACCUCUUUAUCAAGAGUUUAUAAAAGACCGAAGGGCAUUCCAAUAUUCUGAAAGCGAAGUCUUCGCUCCCCGAGUGCGCGGCGUCUGGGAUGUCUUUCACCGGAAUUGGUGGAAAAGAUUAUGGGUUAUUCAAGAAGUUGCUUUGGCCACAGAUCCAACGUUAUUAUGUGGCUUAAAAGCAGAGACUUUCCACAAUCUCAAAAUUGUUAUCAAGGCCCUGAUCAGAUCUGAGCAGCCGGUCGACGUGAUGGAGUUUAACAGCCUCUUCAUCGCACACACGUUUCAUCAGUUUCAUGUAAGACACAUGAUUGAAACUGGUACAAUGGGCAAGAUAUCACCACCUGGGAUAAAAGCGCUCGAUAUUCUAAACGCCACCCGCAAUACGCAGGCUUCGGAUCCCCGCGACAAGAUAUACGGUAUCCUUGGCUUUUUUGGCCCUCCAGCAACGGAUACUGAGAAUAUUUUCCCAGAUCCAGAUUACACAAAGCCGGCUGCAGAGCUUUAUGCUGAUGUCUCGCGAGCCAUAAUACUCAACACAAAGAAUUUGGAUGUCUUGAGCUCAUGUUAUGGCUUCUUUAAGUCAACGGUUCCUGAUCUGCCAUCGUGGGUGGCAUCUUGGAACGACACUCCUGUGCAGUAUUUUGAUGGGAAAAUCUUCAACGCAGCAGGCUCCUCCACUGUUGUCUACGAAGAUUGCGGCGACAAGCUUCUCAUGCGAAUAAAGGGCAGGCACGUUGACUCCGUGAAACUCGCAGGUCAGAUACCGGACUCCAUAGGAUAUAGCAACGAGGCAUGCAUCGAGCUAUGGCGCUACUGGUGGAAAUUUGCCUCUACAUUAGAUUCCUAUCCAACUGGAGAGACUGUUACCGACGUAUUUAAAGAUACGCUUUGCUGGGGAAGCCAUUUAGAUUAUAGCCGACAGCAACUUGGAGAAAACAAAGAGAGCUUUAACGCUUGGCUUGAAAUCCUGACUGGAACAGAUGACACGGAUAUAGCCGCUAAGCGUAUUUUCAACGACGGAGAGCCGUUCAAGUAUGCUCAUAGGGCUACUUCAGUUACUUGGGGGCGUAAUAUGAGCAUAACUAAUAAAGGGUAUCUAGCUAUGGUGCCCAUAAUAACAAAAGCUGACGACAAGAUUGUGAUUUUUCAGGGAUCCAAGCUGCCGUUUAUUGUACGAACCGAAGACGGCACGUCCAAGCUUGGGGGACCUUGCUACGUGCGUGGUAUGAUGGACGGGGAGUUUGCUACUGAGGAAGACGCAGGUGCCAUGGAUGAAUUAGAAUGGUUUACGUUGAAGUAGCAAACUAUUAGUCUUGCUGGGCAAUACUACAAAAUAACGACAUGAACC